AUGAGUGAAAAUAAGGACACCUAUGUUGGACAUCCAACAAUUGAUGACUCGCAGUCGGAACUGAAGAAGACCAGCUAUACAUCGAAAGACCCCGAGGUGGAGCAGUACUUAUAUGAAAAUCUGGAUGUGCGAGUAGGAGAUUCAAAUGAGUUCCUCGCGUACACUCAAGAUGAAGAAAGACAAGUGAAGAGGAAGAUAGAUUGGAUUCUUCUACCAUUAUUGUGCAUGUGCUAUGUUCUCUCGUUUCUCGAUAAAACACUCCUCAACUAUAGCAGCAUAUUCGGCCUUAAGCACGCAUUACACUUAGAGGGAUCAGAUUAUAGUUGGCUUGGAAGUGUCUUUUAUAUUGGAUAUAUGGUGGGAUCUAUGGUAUGGUCCAAUCUUGUGCGACGUUGGCCACAGCAUGCCGGAAAGUUUAUUUCAGGUGCUGUGUUCACCUGGUCCUGUAUUACUCUGCUCACGCCCCUGUGCGUCAACUUUGCCGGAAUGGUCACCGUUCGAUUAUGUCUCGGACUGGUGGAGAGCAUCAUUGGGCCCGUAUUUGUUAUUGUGACGAGCAAUUGGUGGACUAGGCCUGAGCAAGCAUUCAGGACUGCAUUUUGGUUGGGCGGGACUCCGAUUGGCAACUUCUUCGGAAGACUGAUUUCCUAUGCACUUGGAUCGAUGCACCCUUCAUUUCCUACUUGGAAAUUAUUUUUCGUUUUCUUCGGCGCGCUAAGCUUCGCUUUCUCCUUUGUUCUCAUUUUCUUCAUGCCAGACAAUCAGGCAAAUGCACGAUGGCUAAGCGAGAAAGAGAAGAAGAUCGCGAUUACGCGAGUAAGAGAAAACAAUACUGCUUCUUCCGAUAAUCAGUGGAAAUGGACGCAAUUUUGGGAAGCUCUGCGGGAUCCUCAGACAAUCCUUUUCUUCAUCACCGCAGUUGGAAACACCAUGCCGUCUACCUUUGCUAGCCAGUUUUCGAGUCAAGUCGUCCAGGGGUUUGGAUUCUCGACCCUCCAAACCACGCUUGUUUCCACUUGCCCAGCUGCCGUUAUUCAACUAUCCACAUUCUUGGUAUUCUCAUAUAUCGCCUCUCAUCACAACAACAUUCGCUUGUGGAUUUCGAUAAUGGUAUCCAUCCCACCAUUGAUCGGUGCAUCGUUGCUUCAUUCAUUGCCUCAAUCAAAUCAGGCAGGAAGAUUGGCUGGCUAUUAUCUCACAUACACGCAUUCGAUGUCUUUUACUUUGAAUACCGGCCUAAUGGCCUCAAACUAUGCGGGCAACACGAAAAAGUCAACGGCGAACGGUAUCAUUUUUGCUGGCUGGGCUGCUGGUCUGGUUGCAGGCCCCCAGUUUUUCCUUGAAAGUGAAGCACCAGCAUACAUGCUUGCUUUCAAAAUGCUAAUGGGUUGUUAUGCUCUCAUGGUUAUUAUUCCAAUGCUUCAGUUAUCAUGGUACAAAUACGAGAACCGGCGGCGAGAUCAACUCCUUCAAAGUGAACAAGGAUCCCCAAAAUCCGCUCGAUUGGAAUUCACCGAUAAGACAGACUUUGAGCAAUGGGAAACCUUUAGGUACACUAUGUGA